AUGUUCCAGCGGAUUAAGGGUGCCAUUGAUUCUCGCAUAGCAGAGGAGCAAGCCCGCCAGAAAACAGCCCAAGAGUCCAAUUCCCAUUCCCGAUCCAACUCGAACGUCCUGGGAACGCAUGCACAAGCGGAUUCCCGUUCUACAAGGUUAAAACGACACAACAGUGCUACCGCGAAGGGCCGCGAUACUGCUGAAUUCGAUCCGGAUUUUAUUCUAGGAGAUGAUGACUCAUCAACUAGAAACAGCACUCCUGUUCAAAUGACUGAUACUGGACGAAGCGGAAGCGCUGGAAUCGCUACUGACCAGGAAAGUGGCAGGGAGAGGACGAAGGAAAGUAGACUAGAUUUCGGACGGGGGGCCACUGCCGCACUGGAAGAACCUCCACAGAUGGAUCUCUCAACCGAAGUGAGGGUGAAGUUACGGAGGCUUGGCAAGUUAGAAGGGAGAUAUCAAGAGUACCUCAACCAGAUCCAUUUAAAAGGCGACAUUGUCUUAGACGAGCUUAAGCGCGUUACAACUGAGAGGGAUGAGUAUAAGAAAAAGUUCACAGAAGUUGAUAAAUCUUCUCGUGAUUCUCAAGAAGAGCCAGUUACCUUUAUUUCCUCGCAUGGAACAGGCACCACGAAAGGUGAGAAAUUGGAUUUGGAGAAUCAACGGAGUAUGUUUGAAGAUCAGAUAUCUACUCUUAAAGUUCAACUUUCGGUGGCUGAGACGGACGUGGAGAGAUCAAGUUUUACUAUAGAGGAGUUGAAAACGCAGUUGGGUAACAAAUCUGAAAAAUUGAUCCAGGCUAGUGACAAGAAAGCCGAACAAAGUGUUGACGCAGCCGUGGGAGAGCAGGAAAAAAAGUCUGGAGAAAGACGACUAAAUAUACUACAGGGCAUUGUUACAACUUUGAAGUCGCAGCUGAAAGAUGCGGAAAGUACUAUAUUUUCUUUGAAGGCUGAUGUUGCUGCUAAAGACUCUGAGGCGAAGGGAACCCAGAGGAUUGUUGAUUUUGUUGACGAAGGCUUCAAAGACAAUGACGCAUGGCAGACCGCUAAGCAACGUAUAUUAGAUGGCAAAACUGCCGAUUUCGAAGAAUUCCGGGUUAGUUUGAUCGUGAGCAACACUCAGCCUAGUGUUGCUAGUCAGAAUACUAUUGCCGCGGCUGGUGGGGGGAAGAAGAAAUGUAAGAGGAAGAAGAAGAAGGAUGGAAAAGACGGUGUAGAUGAAGCCCCUCAGCCUCCGAUAAUUCCAAAGAUGGAAUCCCCUCCUUCACCCAAAACCUCCAACGGCAUCGCUGAACUCGAGAAAAUGAUCGAGGAUCUUACAAUACAACUCGCAGGGAAGGAAGCCGCCAUUAGCAGACUUGAUUCUAAGCUUAAGGGUGAAGAAGAACUGCGAGAAGAGAUUGAUUCUUUACGUGAUGGGCUUCGUGAUAUUGGACAGAGUUGUGUCGAGGCCAGAGAGAAAGUUAAAGAACUCUUAACAGAAAAGAAAACCCUUGGCCACACCAUCCAGGAAUUAGAAAAGGAAUUGCAUGAUCUACGAACACAAGUAUCUUCCAGCUCCCGUCAAAAUGAGGAUGCUCACAAAGAUCUGGCUGUCGAAUUUGAGGACCUGAAGAUAAAAGCUACGGUAUUGCAAACAGAUCUUUCCGCUGCUCAGCAACUCGCCGCGUCACGGUUCAAGGAUUUGACAAUCUUAAGAGAAACUCUCGAAAAAGUUCAACCUGAAUUGAGGAAUCUUCGGGCUAAAUCAACCGAACUUAAAACAUCCAAAGAGGACCUUAGGAACAAAACCAACGACCUAAAGCGUUUGGAGUGGCGCCAUGAAGACCUUCGAUCUGAAAUGAAAAACUUAAGAGGUAAGAUUGGAGAGCAGGAAGCAGAAAUAAAAUCCCUGAACCAAAGGGUCACUCAAGGUAUUGCUAGCCGAGUUAAGGCAGAGCAAGCAUUGGAGGUUGCGCAAUCCGAUCUACGCUACUCUGAAGGGAAAAAGCAAGAGGCCAUAGAGACGAAUGAGAAGACAGCAAAAACCCUUGCGAAGACACAGGAAGAGCUAAGGUCAUCGCGAACGAGAUUGCUGGAAGUUGAGGAGCACACGGAACAGCUUAACAGAGACAUUGAAAGCUUACGAGAUGAACUCCAAUUGAAAACUGCACAGCACGCUAGUGCACAAAGCUUGAUGAACAGCAUGCGCGACCAAGCGUCUGAGAUGGCCAUGCAAGUUAAAGAAGCUCGUGAACGUUGCGUCAGUCUUGAGGAGGAAGUCGCUGAUGCUCACCGCCUCUUCUCUGAGCGCACUCGAGAGUGUGAAACAAUGCGACGGCUGCUAUCAGACAUUGAGAUGAGGACAGAUGCUAAGGUUCGUGAAUUUAAGGAGCGCUUAGAAGCAGCCAUUGAAGAACGUGAUCGGGCAGAAGACGAAGCUAGCCUCGUUGGACGCAAACGGACGAGAGAGAUCGAAGAGCUUAGGACGAGAACUCGCGAUAUGGAGCGUACAUUGCGACGAGUGGAACAGGACAAAGAAGAGCUAGAGUAUGCGCAGAAAGAGUGGAAACGGCGGCAGGGUGAACUUGAAGUCGAAACAGAGCGAUCAAAACAGGAACUUAGCGACGUUCAUGCGACGAUGACGCACCUGCGAGACACCCUUGACGAGGGUGAGAGGCAGAUACGGGAGCUGGAGAAAGAGAAUGCAGAACUGCGCCGCUCCAUCGAGGCAACGAACCGGCGGCUUGAUAAACUUCGCAAAUCAAAUAGGACAUUGACAGAGGAUGGAAAGGUGUCCAAAGCCAGCAAAUGGUAUGGGUUCAAGUCGAGCAAUACGGGUUCUAGCCGAUCACCACGGUCAUCACUGGAUUCUGAGAUGCAACAGCCACGUAGUGGUGGACUCGUAUCGCCUCAUUCUCAGAGUAGGAGUGCAACUCUUCAGGGCUCGGGUGGGGUUGACUACGUAUACCUUAAGAAUGUUCUGUUGCAGUUCCUAGAGCAGAGGGACAAGAACUACCAGAAGCAGCUCAUUCCAGUACUGGGAAUGCUGCUGCAAUUUGACUCAAGCGAUGAACAGAAAUGGAUGUCUGCUAUCUCCUCUAGAUAG